AUGUCAAUCUAUAAUGGCUUUGGAACAAGAUAAUAAGAAGGGUCCUAUAACAAAGCUCUCUACAACACUAUUUUCCUUUUGUAACUUAGAAUAUUCAAGCUUUUUAAAGGGGAAAAAUUUGAUGAUAUUAAGUUUGGUAAAGUUCUAACAAAAUUGUAUGCAAGAUUAUUCACAAUGGAAUAAGUGAAAUAUUUGCCUCCCAAAUACUCUUAUGCUUUGAAAGAUUUAGCAGAAUAUUUAGGUAUAUUUGAAAUAACAGAGGACUAAAUCAAGAAGAGAGGAGGUGGAGAAUUCUCUGAUACUUCUUCAAACAUCUCAUAUGUAACGUAGAGUGCCUUCAAGCCGAAGAAAAGUUAGCUUGAUGUGAUACGAGAACAUAUUACUCUAAAAGAAGAAGAGGAGGAUGAUGAUCAAACAGGGGAAAAAAAGAGGUUUGACUCACAACUCUCAAUGAACAACAACUAAAACAAUAAUAAUUCUACAAUGAACAGUAGCAUGAUCUCUAACGGAGCACAAAUAGUGGGUGGUUAGCAUCCUGGAAUGAUGAACUCUCAGCAAUAGUAGCAGUAGUAAUAGAUGUAGAUGUAGAGAUAAUAGUAAGAACAGCCUAAUAAUGGAGGUUAGAGUAGCAGAAAUAAAGUUGGACAUAGAAAUAAAAGUUCUAAGAAUUCAGUAAAUGGCUAGAACUAUCCACCCAAUGAUCAAAUGGUUCAAAUGAAUAAAUAAGGAUAUCCACCAUAAAAGAUUCAAGCAAGAUCUCUCCCACCUCAAUAUCCGAUAGAAACUAUCGCCUAGGUAAAACUUCCUAAUGGAGCGUAGCAAAAUCCAUAAGUAUUGGAUUAAGAAGAGAAUCCAAUUAAUAAUAAUAUGAGAAUCAACGAUGAUCGGACAACAAUUCAUAAUAAUAUUAUAAUAAACAUUAAUAAUACCUCAAAUAAUAAUGUAGCAUUGCCUGAGAGACGUAAAAGCCCCUCAAUGUAGAGUGAUAGAGGUGUAAGUUCUAAUAGAAUGAAAGAUUUGAGCGGGGUUUAAGUUCAGUUGGCUAAUGAAAAAGCUAAAAUGAGGAAAACUGAUACAGAAUUCAACUCAUCAGUUCAAAGUAUAAAAAACUAACAGUAGCAGUAAUUCUAGCAACAGUAAUUGCAAUAGUAAUAGUAUUCAAUGGAACAUAGCAGGGAAUAUUCUCAACCAAAUAUCAAGAAAUAUCCUAGAAUGGCGAGUGUCAUUUAAAAUGCUGGACAGAGAUCAAUAACAGUCAAAAAAAGAUUGCCAGCGUAGCAUUAAUACUAGCAGCAUCCCAAGGGCUACAAUUCACUGACCUACGCUUCUUAAGAUGAGGCUGAAGGUCCAAAUAUUAUGGAUUUAACUAAUAUCGAUGAUGGUGCAAGUUCUGCAAAAAUGGACAAUUCCAUACUUAGCAAUGGUUAUUAUUCGCAAUAAGAUCCGAGGAAAAAUUUCAGUAACAGUACAUUAGGCAGCCCAGCUAAAUAAAAUGAAGUCAACAGCAAUAAUAUAAGCUUUGAAAGAAAGUCAACAGGAUAACACACCAAUAAUAGUAUGGCUGCAAUAUAUCAGCAAAAGCCAAUUCCCAGAAAAGCUUAAAAAGGGAAUCGACAGAAGAGUGAUAACUUUAGUAACUCUUAAAACUAAUCUUUGCAAAAAGAAAUGGCAUAUUAGUAGUAAAUGGCUUAGUAGUCAUACCUUAUUAACUAAAGUGCAUAUGCUGCUUACUAACAGAAAUUCGUUGGACCAAAGAUUAAUAAAUUUGUAGUUAACCGAUGA